AGACUAACAGUAUGUGACGUCGCGCACAGUCCGAACGAAGUCCAAUUGGCUCAGAUAUGUACUGCAUGAAUGGGCGGUAUCGAAGUACAUUAUGAUGACCCCGGCCUCCCGGACCUGCAAAGUCUGUCAGUACGGACAAACCCAACAACCACACUUGCGGGUUAGCCUUAAUGUGGUCCUGCGGCGCCAUCUUGCAUAUCCAUUAUAUUGCAGAAGCUUCCCCCCGUCGUGUUACCCGCGAAGCUACCUCGAAAGUGAAUCAAUGGUCGGGCAUCUCGACAUGACGCUGGUUUUGUUGACUAUCUUGUCGAUUGCUAUUCCAUCCACGACACAGACGACGAAAUCAUCAAACGAGCUAUAUUCGUGGAGCUACUGGGGCGAGGGUGAUCUCGAUAAGUUUGAUCUUGGGUACCAACCUCUCCUGGAAGCAUGUGGGAAUGGCUCUUGUGGGAAUUGUCUUGGUUACAACGGCUCUGUACCUGAACCCUGUGAUGGCCAUACUCUCCACAAUUCCUGUUUUAAACCAUACCUAGGAGAGACAUGUUGUAAGGAUAACAGUGGCACUGCAUGUAUGUAUGGCUACCACUGCGCCUAUGACGUGAAUAACGAUGGAUUCUGCUGCGCGGAUGUCUGCAUCUCCUGUAUCCUUCUGGUGUACCUUGACUAACGUUUCCUAGAAUGGCGAUCAUGAUGAUUGCGAAUCCCAUCUCGGGAAGAGUCUCGCUACUACGCAGAGACUUGUCACUGUGAUCGUAACACAAAAGAUCACUGCGACCAUGGGGGAUGUUAGCCAAACAAACGAGGCCCCUCCAGUAAACACGAACGGGAGCAUUAUCAAAACAGACGGACAAGACUCAUCGUCCGGACUUGGAGUC